AUGAGAAUUAUAGCAAAGAAUCUCCCAACAGACUCCACACAGCAGAGCAUCAGAGAAUACUUUUCAGCCAAGGGCACUCCUACGGACGUGCGGCUGCUGACAACAAUCUCUGGAGAGAGCAGAGGAGUGGCCUUCAUAGGAUACAAAACAGAAGAAGAAGCAGAUGCGAGUAUAAUCCACUACAACAGAUCUUAUUAUAACGGAUGCAGAAUAAAAGUGGAAAAAAACAGCCAUGAGCACAAAAACAGAAAUAGCACCGCCAAAACACGCACAAAAACAGACGGCAGCGGGAUGGAGAUAGAUGAGAUGAAAGAGAUUCUCAAGAAAAUAAUGGUACGAAGCAAAGACGAGAUAUGGAGCUCCAAUGUAGAUAUUGAAGAAGAGGGCACAAAGAAGCACAAAAAGAACGAAAACGACUCUCUGGAGAGCAUUAUUGAAAAGUACAAAGAAGACGCAGACAGCAAAAGAAAAAACAAAGUGCUGGAAACAGGAGAGGUGUUUGUUCAUGGGAUUCCCUACACUGCCACAGAAGAAGAAGUGGAGAAGGCGUUUGAGCAGUACGGAAUGAUCGCUGAGGUGUUCAUGAAGUACAAGGAAAGAGAAGACGCCUGGGGGGAGGGAAAGGCCUUGAACACAGGAUAUGCAAUCAUCACAUUUACAUUCCCUAAGGAUGCUUAUGCCCUAAUAGGAAAAACCGUCAUUUUCCAGGGCAGAAACACAACUGUGCUGCCAAGCAAGGGAAGACCGCAGGAGGAAGUAACAGACAAAAACAGAAGUAACGUAUCGCACGGCAAGUACAACCCCGUCUUUUUCAACUUCACAGCUGUGCUAGGUGUAGCAGCGAAAGAAAAAAGAGUUUCAAAGAGGGAUAUACUUAAAGACCGAGGAAUUGGAGUGGGAGGAAAGAUCGCCCUACUAGAAAGCGAGCUAAUCGAACGAACCCGCAAGUUCUUGAGCGAUGAGGGAAUUGCAGAAGAGUGCACGUGCAGCAAAACGCCAUGCACAUGCAUGUUUAUCUCUAAGAAAUCAAUACUGAUCAAAAAUAUACCAUAUGAAACAAAAGAAGGCGAGAUAAAACAGCACUUUAAGAAAUACAUCAGAGCAGUGUUUUCUCCCUCAAAGACUCUGGUGGUCCUUGAGUACAGCAACAAGUCUGAUGCCCAAACAGAGCUGAAAAACAACAACUUCAGCAAAAUAAGAGACCAGCCGAUAUACAUAGAGUACCUAAAAGUGACAAAAGAAAGGUACACGAGAGAAAUAUCCGGUCUGCCCCCGACAGUAGAUGAAGCUCCCGCAGAAAAAGAAGAAAAAGAGAAAACAGAAGAGCCACAGGUGAUGAAAAUUAUUCUGAAAAACAUUCCCUUCCAAGCAGGAAGAUCAGAGCUAUCAGAGCUGCUCACAGGCCUAAUAGGGAAAGAGUACGUCUUGAGAAUACCCAAGAAAGCAGACGGAACGCACAGAGGAUUUUGCUUUGUCGAACUCUCCAACAAUGACCAGACGCAGACUAUUUUGCAAAAGCUAAAACAUGUGCAUCUCUACGGAAGACACAUAAUCGCGCAAAAAGCAGAAUUAUAG